GGGAGGGAGGGGAGGAAGGUUAGGGACGCAGAGAGGGAGAGCUCCAGCUGGAGAGAAACGCGGGUCCAGGGCUCUAGCAGGGGCUGGGGCCGCGGCUGGGGUAGAAAGGUGCGUCAGUGCUCGCCAAGAGCCAGAGCGCAAACCUACGAGGAGGUCGAGUCCGGCGGGCGCCACCCGCAGCGCCGAGCCCGGGACGUCCAGAGCGCGGAGAGUAGUCCCUGGCUCCGGCCAGGAGCGAUCCGUCUGGGUAGCCGGGGACCUAGGCGCCGCCAUCCUUGAGAAAACAGCUGUCCGGAGAGCAGGCAUCCUAGAUCUGUAAGAAACCGGCCGUCCGAGAAGCCGUUGAUUUCAGGCGCCCGGGAACGUUAGGCUGAAAGGGAGGGUAAUAGAGAACCACGGGUUUUGAACCGUCUGGAGCCCCCUGGCCCAACCCACGGGGGGGACCUCCGCCUUGACGGAAGGUUUGGGGAACGGCACCGCUGAGGCGGGAGCCCGCAGGGCCGGGGGGGCCGGGCGCAGCCGUCGGGGGGGUCCCGACCCAGGCCCGAGCCCGGCCACCGCCUCGGGGGCCGGCGGAGAGCCCCGGGCCUCCGCCGCCAUUGCGCCCAAGAGUGAGGAGGAUCUGCUGGCCCUGGCCGCGUCGCGGCUGAGCCGCCGCAAGCGGGUGGCAGGCGCGGCCGUCGGGGUGGCCAUGGUGCUGCUGCUGCUGGUGGCCAUUCCGCUGCUGGUGCACAGCUCCCGCGGGCCAGCUCACUAUGAGAUGCUGGGUCGCUGCCGCAUGGUAUGCGACCCACACGGGCCGCGAGGCCCUGGACCCGACGGCGCUCCCGCCUCUGUGCCCCCCUUCCCUCCGGGCGCCAAGGGAGAGGUGGGCCGGCGCGGGAAGGCAGGUCUGCGAGGGCCCCCGGGCCCCCCAGGCCCCAGAGGGCCUCCAGGAGAGCCGGGCAGGCCAGGUCCACCCGGUCCUCCCGGCCCAGGCCCUGGCGGGGUGGCGCCCCCUGCAGGCUACGUGCCUCGCAUCGCCUUCUACGCGGGUCUGCGGCGGCCACACGAAGGUUACGAGGUGUUGCGCUUCGACGACGUGGUCACCAAUGUGGGGAACGCUUACGAGGCGGCCAGCGGCAAGUUCACCUGCCCCAUGCCAGGUGUCUACUUCUUCGCUUACCAUGUACUCAUGCGCGGCGGUGACGGCACCAGCAUGUGGGCCGACCUGAUGAAGAAUGGACAGGUCCGGGCCAGCGCCAUCGCUCAGGACGCCGACCAGAACUAUGACUACGCCAGCAACAGUGUCAUCCUGCACCUGGAUGUGGGUGACGAAGUCUUCAUCAAGCUGGACGGCGGGAAGGUGCACGGCGGUAACACCAACAAGUACAGCACCUUCUCCGGCUUCAUCAUCUACCCGGACUGAGCAGGGCCCCAUCCCCCGCGCCCCCGCUCGCCCUUCGCCUCCGCUCCCCUCUUCACCCACCUCCAGCCGACCCCACCCAACGUGCCACCCCUUCCUUUGAGAGCCUGGCGGUGGGGCGGACCCUCCCGCUCCCGAGGCAGCCUUGCUGGGUGGACUCUCCACGAUCCCGGGGAUGGGGAUCGAAGUGGCUGGGGAGAGGAGGAGGUCGUGCUGAGGAGGAGCAGAGCGGCUCCGGAAGGGCCCCCCUGGGGUCAGAGUGCGUGCCUGUGAAAGCGGAGGUCCAGACCAUCUCUACUGCGGGGGGCUGGGGGACAGCUUUACCAUCCGGAGCUGCAAGCAGAAAGGAAGCCCUGGCAUUCGAGGGAGGCCCUCUGCGGCAGGGGUGGAAAGCAGAAACAGGAGCCCAUCCAGGUGGGAGGAGAGGAAACGUUUGGCUGGCGCUUGUCCCCUGUCACAACUUUCUCUCCAUCCUCUCCUCCCUUCAUCUCCAUUUUCAGGCUCCAGGCUCCGGCCUAGCAGCCUUCCUGCGAACUGGAGGAACCAGUGAAUUCUUUCCUAGCAUUUAUAACUCAUUCUGUACAGUCCCCAUUUCCCGCCCAUCCUGCCUAGGCCCUGGGGCUACAGCUGCUGUUGCCUUGCCCAAUAAAGUG